UCCCCCGCCGCGUCUCCGGGAAGUUACGCUUGCGCAUCCCGGCCCCAGGCCUCCCCGCCAGCCCCUCACCGCGGCGGGGGACCGGCUGCCUUGGCCCCUCUGUGCUGCCGUCUUUUCCGGCAGUUGGGGAGCUUCCUGUUGCUCUCACCCGCAACCGUCCCUAGUGCCUUGAUUCAGAACACCUCAGUCGUCCCCUCCCCUCCGCUGGCCGCUGGCUGCUGCCGCUGGGCUUCGGUCCGCACGUCGAGACCUGCGGCCCGGCUGGCGUCCGCGGCUGUCCCCGCCCGCAGCCCAGCCUCCGUCGGGGCUCCGCAGCCAUGGCAAUGACAGGGUCAACACCUUGUUCAUCCAUGAGUAAUCACACAAAAGAAAGGGUGACAAUGACCAAAGUGACACUGGAGAAUUUUUAUAGCAACCUUAUUGCUCAACAUGAAGAACGAGAAAUGAGACAAAAGAAGUUAGAAAAAGUGAUGGAGGAAGAAGGCCUAAAAGAUGAAGAGAAACGACUCAGGAGAUCAGCUCAUGCUCGGAAGGAAACAGAGUUUCUUCGUUUGAAGAGAACAAGACUUGGAUUGGAAGAUUUUGAGUCCUUAAAAGUAAUAGGCAGAGGAGCAUUUGGUGAGGUGCGGCUUGUUCAGAAGAAAGAUACAGGGCAUGUGUAUGCAAUGAAAAUACUCCGUAAAGCAGAUAUGCUUGAAAAAGAGCAGGUUGGCCACAUUCGUGCGGAACGUGACAUUCUAGUGGAGGCAGACAGUUUGUGGGUUGUGAAAAUGUUCUAUAGUUUUCAGGAUAAGCUAAACCUCUACCUAAUCAUGGAGUUCCUGCCUGGAGGGGACAUGAUGACUCUACUGAUGAAAAAAGACACCUUGACAGAGGAGGAGACUCAGUUUUAUAUAGCAGAAACAGUAUUAGCCAUAGACUCCAUUCACCAACUUGGAUUCAUCCACAGAGACAUCAAACCAGACAACCUUCUCCUGGACAGCAAGGGCCAUGUGAAACUUUCUGACUUUGGCCUUUGCACAGGCCUGAAAAAAGCACAUAGGACAGAAUUUUACAGGAAUUUGAACCACAGCCUUCCCAGUGAUUUCACUUUCCAGAACAUGAAUUCCAAAAGGAAAGCAGAAACCUGGAAAAGAAAUAGACGUCAGCUAGCCUUCUCCACAGUAGGUACUCCUGACUACAUUGCUCCAGAGGUGUUCAUGCAGACCGGGUACAACAAGCUCUGUGAUUGGUGGUCGCUUGGAGUGAUCAUGUAUGAGAUGCUCAUUGGCUACCCACCUUUCUGUUCUGAGACCCCUCAAGAGACAUAUAAGAAGGUGAUGAACUGGAAAGAAACUUUGACUUUUCCUCCAGAAGUUCCUAUCUCUGAGAAGGCCAAGGACCUAAUUUUGAGAUUCUGCUGUGAAUGGGAACAUAGGAUUGGAGCCUCUGGAGUUGAGGAAAUCAAAUGUAAUUCUUUUUUUGAAGGCGUUGACUGGGAACAUAUCAGAGAGAGACCUGCUGCAAUCUCUAUUGAAAUCAAAAGCAUUGAUGAUACCUCAAACUUCGAUGAGUUUCCAGAAUCUGAUAUUCUUAAGCCAACAGUGGCAACAAGCAAUCACCCUGAGAUUGACUACAAGAACAAGGACUGGGUCUUCAUCAAUUACACGUACAAGCGCUUUGAGGGCCUGACUGCACGGGGGGCAAUACCUUCCUACAUGAAAGCAGCAAAAUAGUACUCUCAGAAUGGAGCUCUAAAUGGAGCAGAGUUCUUUGUGCAGCAUCACACUGUUCCUCACACACUCUUUUGAAAGAGCUUCCAAGAAGUUUAUGGAACCCACCAGUAUGUCCUGGUAAACUUGCCUGAAAUGUGGUAGUGAGUAGAUCCUCUUCAUAGCGCCAUCUGAGAAGCUGGAAAACAAAGACAGCCAUUUUUACUACAUCAGCCAUAAGCAGUUUCUGUAGGAGUGUCGUGAGCCAAUUUGAUAAAUGUUUUCCUGAGUUCAUCAGAAUGAAGGGGAAAAAACAGCCAUCAUCCCACAUUGUUGAAAUUGUAAUGCAUACUUAUACUGAGUAACAGCCAAUUCCCGUGAUUUUGUGAUACGCUUUCUGCCAAGCCCACCAAGUAUUUCUUUUCCUUUACAGCUGGAAGUUCCAUAGUACUAAGGAAAUAAAGCAAUAAUGAAAGCCUCAGCAGCCAGCAUUCUGGCUGAAGAAAAUGAUCCACCUUUCUCUGACGGGGCGGUGAUGGUAGUUUCUCCCCAUACCCCACCCCAGGCGAGUGGCUUUUUAUAGCCUCCAUUCAUGGUGCACUUUACUUAUGGUACUAGGCUAAAGACCCUCAAUCCGUUGAUUUUUAUCUUCCCACCCAUCUGAAAUACUCGUGCUGUUUUUCUGAGUGUUGAUGGGGGAAUACCAGCUUGAUCCACUGUUGCUCUUAGAAGGCCCCUAAAGCCAUUGGGCAUUGCCAAGGAGUCCUGGAUCAUGUGGAAAACCCUCACUUUCUCUUCACGGUUGUAUCAGAAAAUCCCUUAGUUGGAUGUUGCCAUGAACCAGCAAUGCCUGCAAGUGCUGCCCAUGGGCACUUGGUUUAUCCUGGGAACAUAGUAAGGAGAGCCAGGCAGAGGCAGGAAGCCUGGAAUCCUCUUGGCUAAGGUGCUGCUCCUGCUUGGUCUCCAGAACUUCCUUUGAAGUGGGAAAGAACCAGCCCAAUAGAAGGUGCACUGCAGAGCCAACCUACAGAUCUUUGUCAAGUUCACUGCCCAAUCCUCGGUGCAACUGUGUUUGUUUCCUCUUUCUAUGUUUGUAUUUCUUCUUCUCCAACUUUAAGUACCAUUUUGCCUUGGGAUCACGAUUACAGAGUUUUCCUUUGCAGAUGCCUUCCUGGGGGAUGUUCCUCUCCACUGGACUGGAUGGCCCAGCUGGGGCUGCCUGGGCCCUGCUGAGGCAUGCUCUCAUGAGACACUCUCUGAAUUUCAGCACAAAGUGCCUUCUGUUUUACAGCUGCCACCAUCUUUAGAGGAAUUUUGCUGUGUCAGAUAAUUGUGGAGACUCUAUAUAAAUGCAUUAUUACUUUUUAAAAUGUUUAUAACUCUGAAAGCAUCAUUUGCACCUGUGUUGUGGAGCAUCAUGGCCAAGCUCCAGCGGGGGGACUGCUUCCUGCUAGUCUUGAUGUUGUUAAGAUCAGCUGGAAAAGUGUGUCCUAGCUGAGCCAUUCAGAAAAGAAAAACAGAAUUCAAAGUUAUAGUAGUAAGUGAAAUUUCUUUGGAUUUUACUGUCUUAGAGGAAGAAGAAAGAACAUUAAGGAAGUAUUAACUCUGGAUGAAGGUAAUGUGUCUGCCCCUUAAUCUUUCAUUCAUGAUCUAUUAGUGAAAAGGAAGUCAAUGAUAAUCUUUUUUGUAAAUUUAUAGUUUCUUUGUAUUACCAAAUAGUUGGGGUGUUGACCCCCACGUGUUUUGCAAGAGUGUGUGGUAAGCAUGGGUGAGGAGAUGUAACAGGAGUGGUGAUAGUCUGUAUGUUGGGAGUGGCAGGGGAUAAUUUGUUAAAAGGGGGGAAUGUCCACCUUUUAACUUUUAAACUUUUGAAUAAACUGUUUAAAAACUGUGAAAAA